AUGUCAUAUUUCCAAGAGCAGGGCCAACGAGAGAGCUAUUAUGAUCAUAGUUCCGAUCGAGACUCAGAUGAAGACGAUAUGUUGCAACCACGCAGAAGCUGCAGCUUUUCGGAGGCUGAGGGCAUGCUAGGUGGAUCUGGAUACUAUGAAAGUUUCACCAUGGAAAGUUCCCCUUUAAGAUCGAGCAACGGGUUGCAUCAUAGAUCUCGGCACAACACAUCUUCGACACUGUCACAAGAAGGGAACAGAAUGGAUCUUGAGGACGAAGGAACAAAACGACAUCGCAAUCCAUCCUAUCAUCGGAAGAAGCCGCAUCACUAUUCUACCCAAAAAAAUCGUGUGUUUCAAAUUUUCAUUGUCAUUAUUGGAUUGUAUAUUCUACUCGUUGCUAAAGCGCUGCUGUGGAUGUAUCAGAACAAUGAUUACUCAAUUUAUUUCGCAUCCAAUGAUUCUCAUGCGAUUCUUCCUACCUCAACUCAAACGUCAACUUGGGCACAGCAACAGCAUGAACAAAUUGUCUUGCGAGGUGGAAAUUUCAUGCUAGCACUAGAAAAGCGAGCCGACGAUCGAUUCCGAAGAUCCCGUCCACCUCUGACUUCAUUAAAUGGAAGAAGCGAUGAUAAUGUUUUUUCUAAUUGGUAUUCCAUGGAUAGGCUUAAAGAAGAGCCAAGGGAAGAGAUCAGGCGAGAAGACGGAAAUUCUGAGAGCGGAGAAGCUUUGUCCAAAGAUCAACUUUGCGGUGCUUUGGCGAGAGACGCAUUCGAAACAACGCCAAACUCUUUUUCGAGCAAGUCCGUUAUCAACAAAAAUUCUGUCGUGUUGAUUACUGGAAUUCUUAAUCUGGUUGGAUAUUCACUGGCCAUACAUCUCAAGGAACAAUGUGGAGUUCAAAAGGUUAUUGGAAUUGACAGCAUGUACCCUAACACGGUUGGGAACAGAAUCCAGCUGCUCGAUCGCAUGCAGCUAUUAUCAUCUGCCUUUCCCAAAAUGCCAAAGCCGAUCCUGCUUUCAUUUAUUGGAGUUGAUCCGUUGUACAAAAAAGGUUCUUCCAUACAUCGUUCGUCGCAUGACGAAAUGGAUGUGUCAGAGCUGAAGCCUACACACAUUGUUCACCUCUCUUCCUUUUCGCAAGAUGUCUACUCAAACGACAUGGUCCACCCAGAUUGGCGCAAUUCUCAUUCUCCGUACAUAGAUGAUGAAAAUCAAAGGGAUCCAUAUCUAUAUCAAAUGCGAGCAAGUAUGGUGUCCAUGGAACAGAUAUUGUCAAGCUUUGUCGAAGGCACAGACAUCGACCGCCCACAAUUCUUGUACGCAUCAUCCUCUGGCGGUCGAUCAGAAGAUGCCCGCCACGCAACAACAAAACUCAUCGACGAAAUCUUGGCCGACGCGUAUUAUCUGAAAUCUGAUUUCCCGUCCGUUGGGUUAAAACUCCCAAGUACCGUCUACGGACCAUGGGGACAACCAGGGUCAUUUGUGCAUGACAGUGUUGAGUGGGCGGCGCGUAGUUGGAAUGAUACAGAAGAUUUUGUGCUGCCUGCAAAUUUGACUGGGAAUGGAUCAACUGGGCAACUUGAUAUGCUCUACGUCGAUGAUGUCGUGGAGGCAAUUGUUGGAGCAAUACAAUACGAAGCAACAAAACCAGUAUCCUUGGAACUAAGUCCCGAGACUGUACUGGAGAAGGACACCUUUGCAGAUGCGCUCAAGUCCUUCAUGCCCAAGCAGUCGAACCACCUGAAGAUUGAAGUAUCCGCAAUUGCUGCGAUGAAAGGUAAACCAGGCUUUCUUGGAUGGAAGCCGCAGACAUCACUACAAGAAGGCAUGGCCCGUACAAUUGCUUGGCACCUUGAUCGCGAUGCUCCUUACGGCCCUUCAGCUGAAAGUGGCGACAAGUUGCUAAAGCGAAAUGGCCUGGAACCCUGCGUUGCGGAUGAUCAAAACUGUCACAAGGGCUAUCGAUACCUGCCUUGUGCUUCGGAAUGCAACGUCAACGAUCACUGCCUUCCAUCCAUUUUCGACAGUGUUCGCAAAACAAUGCGGGAUGCAACCGAAGGAUGUGAUAUGGUAUUGUACACGCAGAGUCUUGGGCACAACAUUGAAGACAUGCGUUUGCAGGCUGAAUACGUCAAGGAAGAGGAUUUGUUGGAGGAUGACAGCUUGAUAUGCAAUCUCGCAAUUGUGCCACAGGAAAGUGAUCUUGUUGCCCGGGUUAUUGGCAAAGUGCCACAGGAUCAGUUUGCAACAUUUGGGCUCGCUGGUCUACCUGACGACAACGUCGAGUCGACUCAUAAACGGAAGUUGGAUGGAAUGAACGGUCGCCUCCUGUAUCGAGGAUGGAUUCUCGUUUGGGUUCCAAAGGCAAUGGAAAAAAUCAGUCACACCGAUCGUUACUUACUGAAGCUGUCACCUGGACAGUUUUUCUCUCCAGAAGUUCAAAAAGCACUGUUUGUCGAAGAGAACUUUUCAGCUCCAAUUCAGAAUGAUGACUGCUUGUUUCUUAUAGACGAGCUCAGCCGGUCAAGAAUGAAGGAGAGAUCCUUUCGGCGAAAAAUUGAAACAAAUGGUUUUACGAAGCGUGUUGUGUACAAGUUGCCCAGUGAGCCACGGCGCAGAGCUGCUAUUUUGCUGUCUCCGCUUCGUUACCCCAAUGUGGAUGAUCCAACAGUGCAAAGGUAUCGAAAUGGCGAAAAGAAGCUGACUAUAAUAGACGCUACAAAGUUUAUGAGAUAUGAAGCAGGCUUCGACUAUCUGGACAAGGAACCUUCAACAAUUCGCUAUCAACGUCAAUUUUAUGAGCGUAUUCCUUCGUAUGUCAAUCGAGAGAAAGAGUUGCGAUCUAGCAUGGAACCCUUCUAUCGGUACAUCAUGAGACACUGGGUACGAACAAGAUGGGUACUUCACGACGUGAAUCUGGAGGAGAGUCGUCUUUUACGCUGUGACUGGUAUAGGGAACACACUCAAUGGGGUGCUGAAAUCGACCAGUUGAGUUUUGCCCAUGUCAUGGCUCUUCGAGAAGUCAAACGACGCAUUGCACACCAGGAAGCAGACGACCACAUCAAGACAUUCAUCGAGUUGAAUCCAGAGUUGAAGCCCUACACAGACUCCUUUGAGUGGCACGCAAUGGAAACAGAAACUAACCGGUUGUAUCGCGAGCCGAUACAAUGGGAAGCAGAAAUCCCUGCCCAUAUUGCAGCUCUACAGGAGGAUAAACAGGGCGACGACGAAGAUGAGUCAAGUGAAGAUGAAGAUGAAGCUUUCUUCAUUCGGAUUAUGAGUGAGCGCACGAUGGCGGCGUCAAGAAAGCGAUGGAUGAAGCGACGGAAGGCAACGAGGAACAAGGAGGGCGACUAA